GAAAGUAAAAGUUUUUUUUUUCUCCAGUUUAAUUAGUGGUGCAUUAAAGUCUCCUAAAAAAGUUAUUAUCGGAACGUUGCGUUUCCUUUUCCCUUCCUGGGGACUGUGGCGUUUGAUCUUUCGCGUUUGUUGGAAGACAGCAGGCUCAGCUUUGUCGGCCCCUUCUCAUCAUUCUUUAAGAUGAAAACGGUGGGGAGGUUACUUUGACGUUCUGUUUGGCUCUUUCUUUUAACAUUUAGAUUGUCUUUUAAACGUUUGUGCUGUGACGGACAUGGGAGAAAUGAGAAAUACGCUGCGCGUUCUGUGGUUAGUGUUGUUUUCGAGGACGUGUUGCUCGCACUUAACUUUUCCUCUGAAACUGUUCGCCGGGAAAUUUAAUUCGUCUGUGGAUUUAGAUUUGACCCCUUUGCAGAAGAAGAAUGCCACUUCUGGAGGACUGUCGUUGGCUUCCGACCCUACUGGACAAGUGAACUUUUUAGAUAUGUUGGGGAAUUUAAACGGGGACUCGGGCAGAGGCUAUUACAUAGAGAUGCUAAUCGGAACGCCGCCGCAGACGCUGAACAUCCUGGUUGACACUGGAAGCAGUAACUUUGCUGUGGCUGGUGCUCGAGACCCCUACAUCUCGCGCUUUUUCAAUUCCUCUCUCUCCAGUACCUAUUGGCCAAGUGGGAGGACAGUGUCGGUGAGAUACACGCAAGGCAGCUGGGUGGGGGAACUCGGCACCGACCUCAUUUCCAUCACGAAGGGAACCAUUAGCGCGAUCACCAUCAAUAUCGCCACCAUCCUGAGCUCAGAAGGUUUCUUCUUGCCUGGGGUGAAGUGGCAAGGCAUUCUGGGACUGGCAUACCCAGUGCUGGCUAGGCCGGACAGUUCUGUGACGCCUUUCUUCAACUCCGUGGUGAGGCAGACUGGGAUCCCGGACAUCUUCUCUCUCCAGAUGUGUGGGGCGGGAGUGUCGGGGGGCAGUGACGCGGACGCUGCCAGAGGGAGUCUGAUCAUGGGUGGGAUCGAACCACUCCUGUACCAAGGGUCGGUCUGGUACACCCCUGUCAAGGAGGAAUGGUACUACCAGGUCGAAAUCCUAAAGCUCGAAGUUGGGAAUCAGAAUUUAAACUUGGACUGUAAACAGUACAAUGCUGACAAGGCCAUCGUGGACAGCGGGACCACGCUGCUUCGGCUUCCCCAGGACGUCUUCCGCGCGGUCGUGGAUGCCAUCGUCCGCGAGGCCCUGAUCCAGGACUUCUCUGACGGAUUCUGGACCGGCACUAAGCUGGCGUGCUGGAUGAAAGGAGAAACACCUUGGCCGUUUUUCCCCAAGAUCUCCAUCUAUCUGAGGGCCAUGAAUGCCAGCCAGUCCUUCAGCAUCACCAUCCUGCCCCAGCUGUAUAUCCAGCCCAUCACGGAAGUGGGCAACGCUCUGGAGUGCUACCGCUUCGGCAUCUCCUCCUCCUCCAGCGGGCUGGUGAUCGGCGCGACCGUCAUGGAGGGCUUCUAUGUCAUCUUUGACCGCGCGCUAUCCAGGGUGGGGUUUGCCCUGAGUACCUGCGCAGGAAGCAGUGGGUCCCCAGUGUCGGAGAUCGCAGGCCCCUUCUCGGCGCUGGAUGUCUCCUCGGACUGCGUGUCUGUGCCAGUACUCCAGGAGCCGGUGCUGUGGAUCAUCUCCUAUGCGCUGAUGGGCGUGUGCGCCAUCGCCCUGCUGGUGCUGAUCAUCCUGCUGCUCCUGCCCUGCCGCUGUCGCCGUGGGGACGACCCCGGAGAGAUCACAGACGCAUCGUCGCUCGUCCGGAACCGCUUCAAGUGACGUGGAGGAGAGAGAGAGGCCGAACAAACGCUACUGGUUGUACUUGGGAGCAAGGCUCUUCAAGGAAAGAGACUGGGGGGAGAACAACGAUCAGCUGUCUUCCUUUUGAACUGAUGAUUGCACAUACCACAGGCACAUAUAUCCUCACUUUACAAAGUAAUAGUGUUCUUGAUCAAACACGAUCAUCAAAGACACCCAGAAAGGUUCAGAUGGCUGGUCGACCUGGCCUUCACUGUUGGUAUUUUAACUUCUCGCAGGCGAAACAUGUGAUCUGGUGAUGUACUGAUAUUCUACUUCACACACUGUUACAAAAAAGCACUGUACUUCUGUGGUCACCUCACCUAAAUCUGUACGUAAGUGACAGUUGCAGUUGCUGUAAACUCAAGGUAAUGUUAAGUAUCUGAAGGAAACCAAAAAAGAGACUUUUGGAUUAGGUAUUUCCAAAGCAAAAUUUAAUUAGAAGCUUCCUUGCAAACUGCAUUUAAAUUUCUUGGUACUCCAGUUUAAAGAAGCCAGCGGAGAAAGAAGCUUGACUGUCAUACUGUUGUGUUUGAGCAGUUUCUCUUCUGGAGCACAAAAGCACAUUGAAGGGGGUUUGGUUUAAGUCAAAGCUCUGACACUUGUUGUGACACACCUGCCAUGCAGUUGUGCACUGAGAGACAAGCCUCUUUUCUAGUCUGGGACCAUUUGUGUUUCAUUAAAACAUUUCUCUGAACACUCAAGAUCACGCUGCUCAUUCAACAGUCUGGAAAGUUAAUAGAAAUGUUUUCAGAAAAAAGCUACUGACCUUGUUAUAAUAUUUAAAAUAUAUCUUCAUCUUUAUAAUAUUCAAUCCAGCCCCAUUAUUUUCUGAUUUCCUGAAUUUCAUUCCUUAAAUGUUUAAAUGAAGGAAAAUGUAAUUUAAUUUAAAAGCUGCAGUUUUUUUAAAACUUAUGUUUAAUAAAAGAAUGUCAAUCAAAGUUUCUGACUUCUAGCAAGAUGAGAUAUUAAAAUCUGUUCAU